AUGGGAACCAGAAAAACUCGAGGAAUAUUUGUUUCUGAUUAUGAAGCACGGUCUCCAAGAGGCUAUAAUUUUCCUACUGAUUAUAGUUUUGAUGCAAAUUCUGUCAUAGAUGAUCGAAGAAGAUCAAUGGCAUUGCCACUGUACCAGCAAGCGCAUGGUCCAGAAACCCAUUCACUAUGCAAGCCAAGAAAUGAAAUUUUAGAAGGCAGACAGUCACCACGGCCUACUAAGUCAAUUAAUAUUAAUGAUCCGCUUAUAUCCACAACUCCAAUUAUUGUAUUAAUUAUACAGCAUCCAAAAGAUUCAAAAAUUAAAGCGAUGCCUUGUAUUAACUUAGAAGACCGCCCACAAAUAUCAGAUUCUCAAGACGGAGAAUGCGAUAUUGAACCAUGGAAGCGUAUGAUUGGCAAUGCCAGCGAGCUUAUGCUUCUGAAGGUAAAUACAAAAUAGUUUCAGGAAACACUUAUGAUAGAAAGGACAAUUAUGCUUGAAAUCAUUAAUAAAGAUUCAAAGAGAGACCAAGUGCUGCUAGAACUUACAAAAAAACUAGAAACUCUUAACAGGGAAAAUGCAAUUUUGGCUUUGGAAAAUAAGGGCUUGCAGGGUAUGAUGCACACAUGGAAUCCGCAAAUAAGUUAA